UCAGUCGCUCCCCCCCUGGACACGCAGGCAUGUGCGAUGGCAUCAGCAUGCAGCCAUGAGUGUUCCUUCCCCGUGCCCUCCCCGCCCUCACCUCUGUGAUGUGCCAUAUCUCAAUCUCGCUCGCUGUGAAGUUGUUCGACUGCGCCAAUGUGCCGUUGCCCUGCUGAUUGAUGUUGCCCUUGUAUCCCAACGGCAGCAGCUCGUCCUUCGCGAUCCACUGGUGGCAGCUGCUGAGGUCGGCAGCCGGACCAGGCUCGGCGAAACCCAGCCAGAGAUACCCGCGACCGAUGUAGACAUUGGCAAGCGGCUCGCGCUUUUUGUCCAUCACCGCCCCCUGUGUGCCGGCCACCGCCACCGUCUGCCUGUCCUCGGGCAGCUCGAUCUUGGUGGGGGUGUCAUAGGCGCCGGACAGCGAAUAGAAGAAGGUGGGCACCUUGUAUUCUUGGGGCGGUGUCAGCUCGCCGUCGAUGAAGCACCCGAAUCGGUGCGUGUCGCCGUCUCGGAGGGCGAACAGGAGGCCGCUCUUGCCCGCCACACACUGCAGCAUCUUGGGGUACGCAUACGUGUCGCGACUGCCCCUGAGGGAUGGAUGGCACGGGAGCAAUACACACAAAGACGGUGUGUGCUGGGUGCAUUUGCUCUCCGUGGCUUCAUAUGACUGCUCGCCCACCUGUAUAUGAGCGAUGGCUUUGGUGAGGUUUUGCCCGUCAUCUUGAGCACCUCGUUCCACUCCUCGGCCGUCUCGAUGACCAAGUUGCCCCCCGCCAGGCCGCUGCAGAAGGGCUCGUGCUUCAACCCAUACAUCUCGGUGUCGACCUGCAUCUGCCUGGCGUUGCUUGCCGUCGGCGGCAUGACGAGGGACGCAGGCUGUGUGAUGCGCUUUCUGCGGGCAAAGUCGACCACCUUCAUGAAAGGCGCAGACGACGUGGCGUGGACAGCCGCACCGCUGCAACAAUACAGAGAGAAGAUGAGAGUGGCCAUGCAGCCUCUCCCGUCUGUUCGAUCGGUGUUGUGUCACCUACUCGUGGAAUGUCGUGUAGAGUCGUUUGUCGCGGCCAGCAUGUGACAGUGUGGCCUCGGUGGUCGAAACCGUCUUGCCCCCAACCCGCACGCUCCUGAUCUCAUCCCCCUGCCCCACCCCCGACGCCAGCAGCGGCUUCACGAGCUUGUAGAAGUGCUUCAAGCGGUCCUCGGCCGCACCCAGCCAACCCACUGACGCAUCCAGGCUUGCAAUGCUCUUGCUGAAUGUCGCCAUGCCGUCGAUCGCCUUAUUCUCGCCCUCCUCCUCUCCGUCUUGCUGCUGCUGUUCGUCGUCGACCUGCAUGUUGUCGUGGUCGUCAUUGUCUGGCGUGGGUGCGUCUGCGGGCAUGUCGAUGUCCAGGCUGGUCUUGGAAGCGAAGAGGAGGUCGUGCCAGAAGAGCGACGAGCUGUCGGUGGCGUGAACGCCAGUGAGCUCAAUCUUGGCGGUCUCGCCCUGGGCAUCGACGCCGAACAGCUUGGCGAUCUCGUCAAACAACCUGAGACAGACACAGAACAACCACAGAAGAAACCAUUAGGUUGGCGGGCCGAUUCUUCGUCAUCUCUUUCGCACCGACUGCACAGGGUUGCAGCUUACCAGUCUACAUACACAGGGUCAGCAUCGAGGAAGGGCCGGCCGUCCGUGUCCUUCGGCAGUCCCUCCAGAUGGUACAGCAGCAGAUAUGCAAUGACGCUCUCACUCACGCCGGGCAGCAGCAGCGGCUUGCGCGGCACACACAGCACCGUCCCGCCCACGUUGACCUCUAUCUCCUCAUCCAGUUGCCCCAUGGCACUCGGCUGCCCUCCGUUGCUCGUGAUGAGCCCUCGAAUCAUCGCCGCUUGCUCGCGCAGCUUUCUCCUCAUCUGCUUGGCGUUCUGCUCGAUAGCCGCCAGCGAUUGGUCGGCCUCCUUGAGCGCUUCAUCGAUUCGUCGGCGGCCGAUGGUUGGGAGCGGCUCAAACUCGUCAACAUCGCCUCUUGCUGCUGCCGCAACACCCGCAGGCGGCUCAUCCGCCUUGCGCUUCUUCGACAACAUCGAC